AUGGUUCCGCCGCCCCAGAUAGAUACAGUUAAACAUAUCAAAAAAAUGCUACCAUUAUUAAAUCGUGUAUUAGGGCCAUUUACUGAACAAGCUAUAGAAGAAGGAUCAACAUUUGAUAAACAUCAACUGCAAAAUGCGGCUAAAGUAAGAUAUUCAAAUGGACAUCCCAAAGCCAACCAAUUUUAUGAAGCUAAUAAAAUAGAUAAAUUAAAAUGUGACGGUAUAACAUCGGAUCAUGAAUUGCAUUUAGAUAGUAAAUGUUUUAAAUAUUCUCAUGAUGCAAAGAAUCUUGGACAUAGAUGGGCACCAAUGAGACAUGUUACUACAAAAUAUAAUUUAGAACCUAGACAUGCAUAUAAAUGA